UACAACAACAACAACAAUAAGUGAAGCAGAAGCGAAGAAGCUGACACUUUGUGUCUUCUUUUUUACCUGUGAUAAAUUCAUCUGUGUUUCUGUGUCCACCAACAGCAGAGCAGAGCAGAGCAGAGCAAAUCAAGGAACAAAUAAAGAAAGAGUGAGGUGUCAGGCUCUCUCAGUUUGUGCCAGAGCAAGUAGAUACAGGUAGAGAGAGACAUGGGUUUUCUGUACGACGACGUUGUGGUCAUCAGCCAAUCUGAGAAAGACGAAAGCCAAACUGUUAUAACCAUUAACUGCCCUGAUAAAACGGGUCUUGGUUGUGACUUGUGCCGCAUCAUUCUCUUCUUUGGUCUUAGCAUUGUUAGAGGCGAUGUGAGUACGGAUGGAAAAUGGUGCUACAUAGUGUUUUGGGUGAUUGGGAAUUCAAAUACUAGAUGGAGUUUAUUGAAGAAGAGACUACUGGGUGCAUGCCCUUCUUGUUCGUCAGCUUCUGGGAUUUCAUAUUACGGCACAGAACUACAGUCACCAAAGCCUCCUGAUGUGUUUCUUUUGAAGCUUUGUUGUCUUGAUCGAAAAGGGCUUUUACAUGAUGUGACGAGGGUUCUUUGUGAGCUUGAGCUCACCAUAAAGAAAGUGAAGGUAUCUACCACCCCAGAUGGGAGAGUGAUAGACCUGUUCUUCGUCACGGACACCAGGGAACUUCUGCACACAAGAAAGAGACAGGAGGAUACACAUGAGCACUUAAAAGUUAUCAUGGGGGAUGACAUGAUAAGCUGUGAUAUUGAGAUGGUAGGCACUGGAAUUACUGCCUGCUCUCAGGCAUCUUCAUUUCUUCCAUCUGUAAUCACUGAUGACAUGUUCCACUUGGAAAUGCCUAAUGAACUUCCGAGCGGAUCCUUCACUUCCAACAGUGUUUCUGUCACAAUCGACAACAUGCUGAGUCCUGGUCAUACUCUUGUCCAAAUCCAUUGCCAAGAUCACAAAGGUCUUCUUUAUGACAUAAUGAGAACUUUAAAAGACUACAAUAUUCAGAUUUCGUAUGGACGCUUCUCCACAAGACAAAAAGAAAAUUGUGAGAUUGACUUGUUUGUUAUGCAAUCUGAUGGGAAAAAGAUAGUUGACCCGAGCAGGCAGAAUUCAUUAUUGUCUCGUUUGCGGAUGGAACUGCUUCAGCCUCUCGGAGUAGCAGUGGUCAGCAGGGGUCCUGAUACUGAGCUUUUGGUUGCAAACCCUGUAGAGUUAUCUGGCAAGGGCCGGCCUCUUGUUUUUCAUGAUAUUACCCGUGCCCUGAAGAUGCUUGAUACUUGCAUCUUUUCGGCUGAGAUUGGGAGGCACAUGAUUGGUGACCGUGAAUAUGAAGUUUAUAGAGUCCUUCUGGAUGAAGGGGAUGGAUUGUCUGUCCCAAGAAACAAGAUCGAGAAAGGAGUAUGGAAGAUGUUGAUGGGCUGGGAGCGAUUAUGAUUAUGUAUAACUUCCUUUAGAUGGCUAUGCCUAUUCUAUGGUCUCCUUCUCCUACCAUGAUUUGCCACUUAGAUGUAAAAAGUAAUACUUUUCUCACAAACCUGUUGCUAACCUUGUCUAUAAACUAAUGUGUUAACAAGUUACUGAUACUCCUGUUACCACAUUAGUUUGUAAUGAAACUAUAUUCAACAAGUUUAUGAGUAGUAUUACUUUGAUGUAAAUUACAAGCUAUGCUGUUAAAAUGCCAGGUUUCCCAUCUUUAUGCAUCUGUGAGACUAACUUUGUAUUAUAAGAAUGAGAAGUUAGUAGUGAGGAGAUACAGAAAUUAAUAGUGAAGCGCACUGUGGCAUUGUACACUUGAAAGAUCGAGCACAGAGGUAAAUAUGGAGUUGUUUCCUUUAUGUUCUGAUAAAUAUAUUAGUGAACGCUACUAUUAGGCAGUUGUGGGGCAUUUGGGUUAACAUCUUCCUACUCAAGAAUAGAUUCUACUGACUUCAGUUUUAAUUGUUUAUAAAUUUAGUACAUGGUACAUGUGAAAAGAAUAUGGCUUGCCAAUGUUAUCAGUAAUAGAAAGCCUUGUGUAUUGUUGUGUUAA